CCAAAAACACACAUGCUAACCCCUUUGGUCAUUUCAUCCAAAACACCGUAACAUGCAAAGGAUCUGUCCUGCCAUCAUGUGUGUUAUUUUCUGUGUUUAGAAUGUGAUAUGAUUGCAUCAAAGUUGACAUUCUCCAAAUAGUCAAUAUAACUUGACAGUAGCCUAUUUUUAACAACUAGACUAGCCAGCUAUCCAAAUCAAAAAUUUUCGAGGACGACAGAGGUCGCUGUUCUGGCAAUCUCAAUCCUAUGACUACUUCCUGCAAAUUGACGCGUCGUCAGCUGAGCGCCUCAUCAUUAUACGCUUGACAUAUGGAGUAUCUUUACCAUUAGCCGAGGUUCUCCUCUCUUGCUAUCCGACCUUCAAAAAUGGAUGGAUGGAUGGAUAGAAUUAAUGAAUAAGCACGGUGUUCAGCACGGUCAUUUUGAGGUGUCAUUCACGAAUAAUACACCACAGUGAGUUGCACGAAUUUGUUUAGGCUACUUCGCCAACCUGUCCAGCGUUAGCCGUAAUUUGACAGGUAUGUCGGCCUCGUCCCCCCGAGAGACCGUUGUCAAAAAGAAGCAUGUACGUUUCGCUAGAAUGACAGAUGAAGAUGAAAACGACGACCAGGAAGAUACUCUUUUUGACAAGAGGAAAGACAUUCGGCGGGGUCUGAAGAGUGUUCUAAAAGCAGGGAAGCGGAGGAAAAACCAAGGUUUCGAUGGAGUCGAAAUUAUCGACAGAGCUGGCAGCGACAGUUCUUUGGGAAACUGCAGCCGCUGGAUGGUUACCUUGGCGCUGUGUGCAUCCUUCCUUGGACUGGGUAUGAGCAUUUCUGUUGUGGGCCCCACCUUUGAGGACCUGGCCAUCAACGUCAACCAGGACAUCAGUAACAUCUCCUACAUUUUUGUAGGCCGUGCUUCAGGGUACAUUGGUGGCUCCUUAUUUGGAGGGAUUCUCUUUGACCACUUGAACCCUCAUUUGAUGUUGGGAUUCUCCAUGUUGGUCACAGCGUUUGGGAUGUGUGCCAUCCCUUUCUGUAAAAAGGCUGCUAUUCUCACUAUCAUGAUGUGUGGUAUCGGAACCACUAUGGGUAUUUUAGACACAGGUGGGAAUGUCCUCAUCUUGAACACGUGGCGUAAGCAAGCUGGACCCCACAUGCAAGCUCUCCACUUCAGCUUCGCUAUUGGGGCUUUCGCGUCGCCCAUCAUCGCUAAGCUGAUUUUCGGAACAGACCUGGUUCCGCACAAAAACAUCAGCGCGAUAGCCAUGGUAACCUCCCCACCCGUAACCAACCUGGUCUCCGAAGCCUCCCUCUCCUCAGCGCUUCUCUCCGUGAUCCAAAGCUGGACCGUCACCCUCCGGUCCAUGUGGGCCUACGUCGUGAUCGGGUCCUUCCUCUUCCUGGUUUCCCUCCUCUUCUUCUUCAUCUACACCUGCUGCUCACCUUCUCGUGACAAGUCCCAGACGCAAGCAGCUAAGCCUCUGGUGUCCAAGAGCCACAACGCUCUCAUCAUCAUGCUCUUCUGGUUCUUCUUCUGGUACGUGGGAGCUGAGGUUGCCUACGGCUCCUUCAUCUUCACCUUCGCCAAGGAUUACGCCCACAUGGAGCAGUCUCAGGCCGCGGGCCUUAACUCUUUAUUCUGGGGGAUGUUUGCAGCUGGCCGGGGCAUGGCUAUCUUCUUUGCGACCUGCAUGCACCCAGGCACCAUGAUCCUGCUGAGUCUGUUGGGCUGCAUGCUGUCCUCCCUGCUACUCACAUUCUUCAACAACGUGCAGCUGGUCCUCUGGAUCUGCACAGGGCUUUAUGGUAUCUCCAUGUCCACCACCUUCCCCAGUGGAAUCUCCUGGGUGGAACAGUACACCACAGUGACUGGCCGCUCGGCCGCCGUGUUUGUGGUGGGCGCGGCCCUGGGGGAGAUGGUGCUGCCCGCUCUCCUGGGCUUCCUGCUGGGGAGGAUCACGGGGGAUCACCCCCUGCUCAUGUACCUGGCUCUGCUCACCUCCACCAUCACCUCCAUCCUCUUCCCGGUCAUGUACAAGUUGGCCACCACGCCCAGCGGACCGAGUCGGAGACCCAACGUCAAGGGGCGUCCGGAGGCAGACGACGGGGAGUAUCGGCAAGCGCUGCUCGACUCGAGAGCCGACGAGGAGGAGGAGCAGGAGGACGAGGCCGACCAGUGGAACGACGCAGACUUUGAGGUGAUUGAGAUGGACGAGGCAGGUCUUCUGAACUCUCCUAAGAAGCCCUUCUCCUCGCCCCCUGACGGGGGUGCUGGGAUGUCAGGGGACACCAGCCCUCUCUUCCCCUCGGCACUCUCCAAAACCCAGUCCCCUCAACACUCUGGAGGGUCCUCCUUCUCAGACCACCUUCCCCUUCUGGGAGAAUCACCCAGACGGAAACUACUGCUCUCUCUGGAAAGAGAGAAGAGAGACUAAGACCUGGCAAGGCGGGGACUCCCCCGGUGGACCUGAGUGCUGUGAAGAUGUUACUGUGUCCUAAGCUAGCUUUGUCUACAGAGAAACAUUUCUAUAAACACGAUGUACUUGGCGAUAGUGUUUGUUUUCAAUGUAUCCUUAGCUUUCCUUGUUUGUUCCGUCCUCUCUUGCACUGAAUGUUGUUACUGAAAUUAUAUUUGAUCCUUUGGCCUGUGGGUCAUUCACUCUUAGAAAGCCAUCUACUGAUGCAGCCUGGUACAGUUAUUUGGCUGUAUAUUUUGCAGACUUGAAAAUGUAUUUUGUAAACAUUAACGUGAAUUAUAAAAAAUAAUAGCAAUACCGUGAUAAACCUUGAAGACAUUUUACUUUUCAUUUUUUGUUUCAAACAAAUUAGUGCAUUAUCUAUAGUUGAUUUUGAGUUCGAGACCUGGUAUGGAAUGGAUAUUUGUUUUUGCACUUUUUUGGUAAAAUAGAAAAUAAAAAUAUAUUUUCCAACUAAUGUUUUCUAUGUAAUGCAUUGUGAUGAAAUUUGUUGCUGUACUUCCAUUGAUGUAAUUAUCUUCUUUUUCAAUAAAUUAAAACCUUUGGAUCUUAAGUGAGGAAAAACAAAUAGAUUCAUACUUGCAUUUUGAUACAUUGAGUUUUAUUAUAUCAAUCUCAAACCUUCACCCACAGCAAUGUCCAUUAAAAACAAACAAAAAACAAUUCCUUCAUCUAUUUUACAUUUGUACAAAUACACAUAUCCUGUUUACAGUUGAGUGAGAAAUAGUAGGUGAGUAGAUUUUGGGUAACAGUGUUAGAGUACACUAAAACUGAAAGAUGUAUACAAAACAUUAUGCACAAUGAAAUAAAAUAUAUCCUUGCCAUAAAUUAUCACACAGUAUUGCAACAGUCCCAGAAGUGAAAAUUAAAAUGAAUACUCUGCAUCUUCCCUCAAAUGGCUGCUGUCGAUGCCCUAGGAUGAAAGGACGCCUUAACAGACAGAAAUACAAUCAAGGCUGAAACAAACAAAUCUAGAAAUGUAUGGCACCCUGAAACAGAAUGCAUUAUGACAACUUGAUUUCAAUUCUCCACUGCUGAUACACAGGGAGAUCUGCUGUACAGUCACUAUUUACAAAAGAGUGUAUUUGAUAUAAAAAAAACAAAUAGAGUCAAUCAGUGGUUCAUUUCAUCCAGAAUUACUAGGAUCUCAUCAAACGACAUUCAGACUUUCAAGUCUUGCGUUUUUUACAAACUGCUACAGCGCAGUCUUAGUAUUCGAUCAGGCUGCAGGUAAUGGCAGAUGACACAGACAAGACGACCUCCACAUAAAUCAUCUGAAGACAUCAGCUUCACUCACAACCAAUAGCAGCUAAUGAAGACGGCAGUGAA